UUUAGUCAUUUCAUGUCGUCCGUAUCCCCACCCGCCGUGCCUCAGCGCAGCCUCAGCAGACGCGUCGGCAGGCUCUUCUGCUGCGGCUGCUGCAGCGGCGACCCUCUCGCGAUGCAGCGGCUCGAUGCUCAUCUUGAGGAGUCGGCCGCCGCGCCGCAGCGCGGCAGAUCCCGCCGGUCUAGGAAGAAGCUGCCGCUUUCAAAACUGGAGGGCGCGCAGCUGGACGAGGGCGACCCGGCGCCACAGCUCUGGGACGGGUCUGUCCUCUCCGAGGCAGAGGACAAUGGCGAGGGCGACAACGGCGUGCCGGCGAGCGGCGCCGGCUCGUGGGACUUUGGCGUCCCGGACUUUCGUUGGCCGGCUCGGCCGAGCAGCCCCGUGCGGGACGAGAAGUCGGGCGUGAAGAGCUACGUGGACGAGUCCUCCGCCAAGGAGCUCUUCAACGUCACCCUCCGCAAGUUUGUGAUCCCGGUGGUUCGCGGCGGGCUCGAGCGGCUCCUCCGCCUCCUCCUCCAAAGCGGCCUCCGCCACCGCCGCCGGCGGCGGCGGUGGAAGGGGCGAAGGGCCCACGGAAAAGAAAACGACGGCGGGCGGCUGCGGCGGCGCGUGCGGGUCUCACAGCGGCGUUGUGACGACAAAGACGCGCGCUCGCCCUCCCGAAAUGGACCGCAGCCCGCGAGGCGCCGCGCAGCUGGCGUUCUCGUCCGAGAAGGUGUCAAGCCCUGUGGGCGCGACGACGUCAUGGACGCUCAACAACCUGUUUGCGCGCGCGAACAACGCCCCGAAGCCGCAGCGAGCAGAGCCGCGAAGGAAGGAGCACCAGAAGGACUGAGGUGGUGCUCUGUUCUCGGUCGGAGGCAUAUCCCAUUCAAUGCGGUUGCGCUGGGAAUCUCAGCGCGAGGCUGUGACUCGCCUAGCUCUUACAUUUUGUUGUGGUCCAACCGUGUUGCCGUGUUCUGCUGCUCGCAACGCAACCGGGGCACAAGGGUGGGUGAGUAGGCGGGGGAGACCUCGCAUGAAUCUGGAACUUCUCCUCCUC